AUGCCCAACUCGCGGCCCGGGCCCCGGCGGGGCGGCGGGCGCGGGGGCGGGGCGUCCGGGCGCGAGGAGCUGGUGUCGCGGUCCCUGCAGAGCGCCGAGCACUGCCUGGGCGCGCAGGACUUCGGCACCGCCUACGCCCACUACCUGCUGGUGCUCAGCCUGGCGCCCGAGCUCAAGGAGGGCGUGAAGGAGACCUUUCAGUACACGCUCUUCAGAUGGGCCGAGGAGCUCGAUGCUCUCAAUCGCACACAGGACUUACUCAGCUGCUACGAGCAGGCCUUCGAACUGUUUCCCGAAGAUGAAGUCAUCUGCAAUAGUAUGGGCGAGCAUCUCUUCAGGAUGGGUUUUAGAGAUGAAGCAGCUGGGUAUUUUCAUAAAGCAGUGAAGCUGAAUCCUGAUUUCACUGACGCAAAGGAGAAUUUUUACCGUGUUGCCAACUGGUUGGUGGAACGCUGGCACUUCAUCAUGCUGAACGACACCAAGAGGAAUACAGUUUAUAAUGCAGCGAUCCGAAAGGCAGUGGACUUGGGGGCAAAAAGUGUUCUGGACAUUGGAACAGGAACUGGAAUAUUAAGCAUGUUUGCUAAAAACGCCGGUGCACACUCUGUGUAUGCUUGUGAGUUAUCUAAGACCAUGUAUGAACUUGCAUGUGAUGUUGUGGCAGCCAAUAAGAUGGAAGCAGAUAUCAAACUCUUGCAUAUGAAGUCGCUGGACAUAGAAAUUCCAAAACACAUUCCUGAAAGAGUGUCCCUAGUUGUAACAGAAACUGUCGAUGCAGGUUUAUUUGGAGAAGGAAUUGUGGAGAGUUUGAUUCAUGCAUGGGAACAUUUACUUUUGCCAUCCAAGACCAUAGGUGGUCAUGAUGAUUGUGAAAAAUUUGGAAAAGUUAUACCAGCAAGUGCUGUUAUGCUUGGCAUGGCAGUUGAAUGUACAGAGAUAAGAAGACACCAUAGAGUAAGGAGCAAGGACCUAGCUGGUGUCUGUCUGCCUGAAAAUGUGAAGUUUCGGAGUCCAUCCUACACAGCUACCGAGACUGAGGAGACAGUCGAACCAUACACGACUGAGAAGAUGAGCCAGGUCCCUGGGGGCUACUUGGCACUGACAGAGCACUUUGAGAUCCUCCAUAUCAACUUCAACAAUCUGCAGGAACUCAAAAGUCUUGCGACCAAACCCCCAUGUAAAUUGGACAUUCCUGUGGUGAACAGGGGCCUCCUGGAUGCCAUUGUGGUUUGGUUCGUCCUCCACCUUGAUGAUGAGCACAGUUUGUCCACGAGUCCUAGUGAGGAGACGUGCUGGGAACAAGCUGUUUACCCGGUACUGGACCUUACAGACCACCGGGUCAAGCCUGGGGACCGCGUGAUGAUGGAGGCGUCGUGUCAGGAUUGCUACUUACGGAUCCAGAGCUUCUGUGUGUGCCGCUCAGAGACCGAGAUGGAGAUGGGGAGGAGUCCCAGCGCUCCCGAGGCUGAACUCUGCAGUGCCCUGGCAAACUUGCAAACUCAUGGGCCUGGCAUUGGGGAGCACACCUGCAUGCUGGAGUCCACAGAGAUCGCUCUGCUUAAUAACACCCUGUAUCAUGAAGCCUUUAAACGGGCCAUGAGCAGAGUGUUCUCUUCACUCAGCCCAGAGAAACCUCAGGAGAGUCCUGCAGCCUGUGUCCCUGAGCCUUUCUACGUGCUGGAUGUGUCUGAAGGCUUCUCUCUCCUGCCCCUCAUUGCCGGCUCCCUGGGCCAGGUGAAGUCUUACAGCUCUGUGGAGAAGGACCAGCACCGCCUCACUCUCGACCUCAUCUCUGAGGCCAACCGCUUUCCCAAAGAGACCCUGGAGUUCUGGCUGAGGCACGUGGAGGAUGAGUCAGCUGUGCUGCAGCGGCCCAGAUCCGACAAGCUGUGGAGCAUCAUCAUACUGGAUGUGGUGGAGCCGUCGGGGCUCCUGCAGCAGGAGAUCAUGGAGAAGGCGGCCAUAUCCAGGUGCUUGCUGCAGUCUGGAGGCAAGAUCUUCCCCCAGUACGUGCUGAUGCUGGGGCUGCUGGUGGAGUCCCAGACGCUAUUGGAGGAGAGUGCUGUGCAGGGUCAGGACCGCACUCUGGGUUGGAGCAUCGCGCCCUUCAUUAACCAGUUCCGGGUCCCCGUCCACGUGUUCCUGGAUCUGUCCGCCUUGCCCUGCGUGCCUCUGAGCGAGCCCGUGGAGCUCCUGCGCCUGGACCUGAUGACGCCGUAUUUAAACACAUCUAGCCGGGAAGUGAAGGUUCCCAUUUGUAAGUCUGGACAGCUCACCGCCAUCCCUUUUUGGUAUCACAUGUACCUUGAUGAUGAGAUCAAGUUGGACACUUCGAGUGAGGCCUCCCACUGGAAACAGGCUGCAGCGGUGCUGGAUCAUCCUAUCCAGGUGGAAAUGGGGGACGAGCUUGUGCUCAGCGUCCAGCAUCACAAGAGCAGCGUCACCAUCUCAGUGAAGCAGUGACUGCCUCCCAGAAGGCCGCGGGGUAGCUGCGACAAGGUAGCUGGGCCAAGUGCCGUGGACUAGCCUGGAAGGGACAUGAAGAUGGAAUUCUUCCCACCAGUUAGGUAGAGAUACCUGGGUCUUGGAACUGACACGAAUAAA